GGUGUAUUCCGAAUCGAGUUAGUUCGGCUUAUUUUUGUUUCCAGAUGUUGGCAGCCACUUAACUAAACCGAAACCGAGAAGUGUUCCGAAGCCGACAUAACCUGUAAACAUCGGCAGCUUGCAGCAGACAAGCAAUAUUAUUUUAUAACCCAAAUAACUACCAGUAUAAAAAAAGAGAAAAAUUAAAUGGCGAUGCUCAACGUAGCUUUUACUAGUUCCAGUUCAAGUGAGAGUGAUGAUGAAGAUGUGGAACUUUUUCUUGACGAGAAAAAUAAAUAUCAAAAAAAACCAAGAGUACAAAAUUUUAUUGAAACUGUGAUCUACGCCUAUAACACCAAAGAAUUUAAACAACAUUUUCGGAUGAGUCGCACAACUUUUUAUUUCUUAUUGAAUAUCUUGAGGCCAUAUUUACAAACUGAGGAAAGUGGUCCUGUUAUUUCUCCUGAAAAGCAGUUAUAUAUUGCUUUAUAUGUGUUAGAAACACCUGAUUCAUAUAGGUCUGUUGUAACCAAGUUUGAUGUGGGGAAUGCCACUGCUUGGCGAGCUGUGAAAAGAGUAGUGAAAGCUAUAUGUAUCUUUCGGAACUAUUUUAUUCGUUGGCCAACAUUUGAGGAAGCAGAAAUUACUAGCAGAAAUAUACAGAAAAAAAAAUUUCCAGGCGUAAUUGGAGCUGUUGAUGGGACACACAUUACAAUUGCAGCUCCAAAAGAAAAUGCACUUGCUUACAUAAAUCGAAAAGGACAUCACUUUAUACAGCUGCAGGUACUUUGCAAUGAAAAAAGGGAAUUUAUUCACUGCUAUGCUGGAAUGCCAGGAUCGGUGCAUGACAACACUUCAUGAGUGUUUAAAUAUUCUGGACUACAACAAAAAUGUUACAAUUAUUCUGAUAAUGAUAAACACCUACUAGGCAAUUCAGCUUACACUCUGCAAAAAUUCGUGAUGGUGCCAUACAAGGACAAUGGACAUUUAACAGCUGAAGAAAUAAAGUAUAAUUAUGCUCUAUCUAGCAGCAGAAUGGUUGUGGAACGGUCUAUAGGUCUUUUAAAAGGACGAUGGAGAUAUUUACUGGACAAAUUGCCAAUGCGAAGGACAGACCUUAUCCCAUACUAUAUCAUUGCUUGUUGUGUCCUCCAUAAUAUCUGUCUCAUGAAAAGAGAUGAGAUUGAAUAUCCAGUUAUCCUCCCAGACGACGUGGAAGAUCCUGGGCCUUCCGAAGUUACUCCAGAACAACAGCAAGGAGGAGUCAUCAAAAGAGAGCAAAUAAAAAAUCAUCUUGCUAUUUUAAGAAAUAACUAG